AAUGGCUAUUAGGAGUGAUUCUUAAAGAGUUUUCUAAACCUAAAUUCUUAAAACUUUGAUGAAUGAGAAUCAUUUACUGAAAUCUUAGGCAAAAAAGAAGGAUGCACUGAUAGUGUAAUUAUUAGAAAGGAAAGUAAAAGAAAGUGAAUAAGCUUUGAAAUCUGAAAGAAAAGGAAAAUAAAAUGGAUCUCAAACAAGAAGAGAUGAUAAGGAUUUAAGAAUACAUACAAGAAUAAAGACUCUGAUUGACUUAUUGCCAGAUGGGUUUUGAA